UUGCAUUUGACCAGAGAUUCACAAGUACCAAUCUUCUCAAUUCUUCAAAACAAAUUAUCUAUUAUUUUUUUUUUUUAAAUUUAUAAAGUUAUGUUUAUCACAAAGGUUUCAUUGGUGGUGCUUGCACUAAGUGCAGCAUCAAUUUCAGCAGCACCCCAAAGAUCAGCAUCACCAGGUGGUGCUGAUAAAGAUGCUGUGAUAACAUCACAACAACUUGAAGUUAAUUUUGAUGGAAAUUAUAUUAACAAUUUUGAAACGAGCAAUGGAAUAAGUCAUCAAGAAACUGGUCAACCAAAACAAAUUGAUCAAGAGGUUGCUGUUGUUGCACAAGGUGCUGAUUCUUUUAUUGCACCUGAUGGACAACAAUACAGUUUGACAUGGACUGCUGAUGAAAAUGGAUAUGUUGCCCAAGGAGCCCAUCUUCCAACAAGCCCACCAAUACCACCAGAAAUUCUUAAAGCUCUUGAAUACAAUGCAGCCCAUCCUGAGCAAGAUAAUGAUCAAGGACAACCACAAGCAAGACCUCCAGCACGAGGCUAAUUGACAAAGAGAAGAAGAAGAACCUUGCCAACACUCUCAACAACAUGAGUUAUUGAUCCUGCAACUUUAAUCUACCAAAAUAAAAAAAUUUUUAAUAAAUUAAUCAAUAUUAAAUCAAUAUAAAUUUAUAUAUAUUAAAAAAAAAAAAUAAUUAAU